AUGGCUGAAGUCGGGGAGGACACGGGCGCCCGGGCCCUGCUGGCACUGCGCUCGGCGCCCUGCAGCCCGGUGCUGUGCGCCGCGGCCGCCGCGGCCGCCGCCUUCCCCGCGGCGCCGGCGCCUUCGCUGCCGCCUCAGCCCCAGCCGCCUCCGCCACCGCCUCCGCCACCACCUCCGCUGCCGCCGCCGCCACCUCCGCCGGCGUCCGCCGCUCCCCCGGCGGCGCCCCAACAGCCGGCGCCCCCGCCGCUGCCGCUGCCGCCGCCGCCGCCGCCUGCGGGCCUGGGGGGAGCCCCGGCCGGCCCGGCCGCGGGGGGAGCGGUGGCGGCGGCGGCGGCAGCGGCGGCCUCGGUGCGGCAGAGCCCCGGGCCGGCCCUGGCCCGGCUGGAGGGCCGCGAGUUCGAGUUCCUCAUGCGGCAGCCCGCCGUCACCAUCGGCCGCAACUCGUCGCAGGGCUCCGUGGACCUCAACAUGGGCCACUCGAGCUUCAUCUCCCGCCGCCACCUGCAGCUCAGCUUCCAGGAGCCGCACUUCUACCUGCGCUGCCUCGGCAAGAACGGCGUCUUCGUGGACGGGGCCUUCCAGCGCAGGGGCGCCCCGGCCCUGCAGCUCCCCAAGCAAUGUACCUUUCGAUUUCCUAGUACGGUUAUAAAGAUCCAGUUCACAUCUCUGUACCAUAAAGAAGAAGCUCCACCGUCUCCUCUUCGACCUCUUUACCCUCAAAUUUCCCCUCUGAAGAUCCACAUUCCGGAGCCGGAUCUCCGGAGCCUAGUCAGUCCCAUUCCGUCUCCUACUGGCACUAUCAGUGUUCCCAACUCCUGCCCAGCCAGUCCUCGUGGUGCUGGAUCCUCAGGAUAUCGAUUUGUUCAGAAUGUCACCUCGGACCUGCAGCUGGCUGCAGAAUUUGCAGCAAAGGCAGCAUCAGAGCAGCAGGCAGACACAUCCGGAGGGGACAGCCCAAAGGAUGAAUCAAAACCACCAUAUUCUUAUGCUCAGCUCAUAGUUCAGGCUAUUUCCUCAGCCCAGGACAGACAGUUAACACUAAGCGGCAUCUAUGCCCAUAUUACCAAGCAUUACCCUUACUACAGGACUGCUGACAAGGGCUGGCAGAAUUCUAUUCGACACAACCUUUCCUUGAACCGUUACUUUAUUAAAGUCCCACGUUCUCAAGAGGAGCCUGGAAAGGGCUCCUUUUGGCGAAUUGACCCAGCGUCAGAAGCCAAGCUAGUAGAACAGGCAUUCCGGAAACGGAGACAGAGAGGAGUUUCCUGUUUCCGAACACCUUUUGGGCCCUUAUCAUCAAGGAGUGCUCCUGCUUCACCUACUCAUCCGGGGCUAAUGUCCCCUCAUUCUAGUGGCCUACAGACUCCAGAGUGCCUGUCUCGGGAGGGUUCACCCAUUCCACAUGACCAUGAUUUUGGAUCAAAAUUAGCCUCUGUUCCAGAGUAUCGGUAUUCACAAAGUGCACCUGGUUCUCCUGUUAGUGCUCAGCCAGUAAUAAUGGCUGUUCCUCCCCGACCAUCUAACCUCGUGGCCAAACCAGUUGCUUACAUGCCAGCUUCAAUCGUGACUUCACAGCAGCCUUCUGGUCAUGCAAUUCAUGUUGUGCAGCAAGCUCCCACUGUUACAAUGGUCAGGGUUGUGACCACAUCUGCUAAUUCAGCUAAUGGAUACAUACUUACCAGUCAGGGCACAGCAGGAAAUAGCCACGAAGCAGCAGGCACAGUUUUGGACUUGGGCAGUGAACCAAGAGCUUUGGAAGAUAAACCUACAAUUGCAUUCGCAACAAUUCCAACUGCCAGCCGAGUCAUCCAGACAGUGGCCAGUCAGAUGGCUCAGGGAGUUCCAGGACAAACAGUUACAAUACUUCAGCCAGCAACACCAGUGACCAUUGGGCAACACCAGCUCCCAGUUAGGGCAGUGACACAAAAUGGAAAGCAUGCUGUUCCUACUAACAGCAUCACUGGCACUUCUUACGCCCUUACAAAUCCACUGCAACUUCUCGCAGCCCAGGCUAGCUCCUCCACUCCUGUAGUGGUUACUCGGGUGUGUGAAGUGGGCCCAGAAGACCCAGCAGCCUCCUCAGGGGAGCCAGACGUCAAAAGACCUCGGUUGGAGGAACCCAGCGGAACUGUUGUGGCACAGGCAGGGGUGAUAACAUCUACAACCCCACAAGGGCAAGGCACCGGUGAAUGAAGUACCUGGGAAAGGAGCUGGAAUAUAGGUGGAGCAGAAGGCACAUCAAAAGGAAUGGUAGAACAGACGUGUAACUGCCUAAACAGCCGCUUAUCUUAACAGAUAAGAAAGACAGCUCCACAGCUCAUCAGAUCUCGAGGUGCCAAACAGAUUGGGAAAAGCUUCCGUCUACCUGUACCUGGAAUUCAGCUCAGCCUUUACUUUUGUUUUCCUCUUCCAUACCUUUUAGUUAAAAAACAAAAAAAAACAAAACAAAGCAAAAACCCACAUAAACAAAUACAGACAACUGAUUGUAUGACUGCUGGGAAUUCUUUUUUUUUUUUUUUUUUCAGCACCUCCUGUUUUUCCCCAGCCUUUUCUUCAAGAGGCUAGGGAAGAGAUUGCAGUUCAGUAUCUCAAGGAAUGUAUCACAAAUGUCUGCUCCACAAGAAGAAGGUUCCUUAUUUCUCCAAUGCCUUAAUGCUGCCUCUCAGAGUUUGACACUGAUGUUCUUAAGGAAGAAGCCUUGACCAUCACAAGAAGACUGACACAGGUUAUCAUAGUGACAGCAUUAAAGUAGCAUGGUACCCAACAAACAAUUCUUUUAAAGAAAAAUAAUCGUAUUUAGAAUGAAUUCUUAUUUAUGUAGGAGGUUAUGAGAGCAGGUUGUUGGGGUGGGGACCAGGGGGGUAGAGCCACAGGAAUUGACCAAUUUGUUAUUUCAUAAAUGUCUUUUUUCAUAGAAAGGCAAAAGAGAAGGUAUUGACAUUAGUAUUAUUUUUAACUGGUUUGAUUUUGACCCCACAAUGUUUCUUGCUUUGUUCAGACAUGUACCAUCUGUUUUUAAGCUAAGCCUACAUACAUCUUUGACAGAAGUUGAAGGAAUGCCCCGCCUUUUUUGUGUUUAGUUUCACCAUGCAUGAUGCAUGCAUUAAUCACACCAUGGAGUUAAUCCACAGCUGUAACUGUUAAUGUCAUGUUAGGGGAAAUUAUGAUAGCUUCCUGUAUUUGCCUCAGUACUGUUGUAACAUCCUUUGGUUGGAAGACUGGUGAAAACCUGAUGGGCUAAAUUAUAACAGUAGUAUCCAGGUUUCAGUAUUUGGAGUGAACGUAAUCAGAACUGAGCCUCUGUCCUGUCUUCCCUGUAGUAGUAGUAAAGUUACAUUGUAACUAGGUGUUCUAGACAGAACUGUGUGGCUCACUUGAUGCGAAAGAAAACAGAGCAGAGGUUUCUCAGAACUGUUCUUUCCAUAACCUAAUGUAAGACAUAAUAUUCUCAGCAUAGCUGGUUGCAGUUUUAUAAUCUUUUUAUUUAAAUUUUACCCAAAUUCCAGUUUUCUUUUACAGGUUAUCAUUGCAGUUGGAAAAUAUUUCCUUUAUCGAAAACACCAAAAUCUUUGGGGUCUGUUUAAGGUAAUGGAAACUAUCUUCCCAAAUAAUGAGGCUGCUCACUGGUAUCCACCUUCUCCCAGGGUUUAGUCACCCUCUCUGUCCCAAUUUGCUUUGUGGCCAAAAAGAAAUAAAUAAAUAGCAGUUCUCUCUGAAGAAGAAAAGCAAAGUGCUUCAAUAUAAUGAAUCUGUGUUCCUUAGGAAAAUGCCUUCUAAACUUGUACACUUGGCAGAUUUGAUCUAUGUCAAGUAUGUUGAAAGGAGGUGAGAACAUAUGGAAUUUUAUUGUCUGUUCAGAUUUUUAUCGGUCUGUUUUCCUGAGCAGUAUGCAGGAGGGAUGAAAGAAUGCUUCUGUUGGAAAAUUAUCUCUUAUUUUGCUAAAUAUUUUGGUGCUGCUUCUCCCAAUAGUCAGUCAUCAUUAGGAGAAAAAAAAUGUACACAAAAAUGUUGUACACAAAAUUCAAGUGUCAGGAAAUGUUUUUCUUUUUCUUUUUUUUUUUCUUUUUCUUUUUUUUUUUUAAGAAAAAAAAGCCAGGAGUACCUUCCUUUUCCCCAACCUCCACAGCCAGUUAACUCUGUUUAGAGCUGGUUCAUCUCUAUAAGCCCUGUUAGAAAAACUGCAGUGGUGUUCAGAACUUCCCCAUAAAAUAUAUGAGACAAAUUAAAGGCAAGAAAAUUUCAUAGGAAUUAGAAACUAACCAACAAUUUUCUGCUUUAAAACAAAAGAAUUAACUGUUUUCUUUUUAAUUAUUUAAAUCAGUGGGCAUUAUUAAGCCUGCUUUAGAGAUUAACAAUUUGCAGUCAAAACCCAUUAAUUUAACCAGAAGCUUAAGAGGAAGGUGGCCUGGUGAGACACCAGGAAAAGAGAGCUCUACCACAAUCACCCUUUACACCGUUGUGUCCUCUUCAGUCAGGAUCAGAGGGAACUGGCUCCUCUUAUAAAAAAUUACUGAGCCCUUCAUGAAAUGUUCCAUUUUGCCCAAUAAAAGGAAAAGGGAAAAUGUAUAUGUGACUAAAUUUUAAAAGGGUAUCACAGUCACAAAAACAUUAUUACUGACAUCCGUGCAAGAUUAAGGAUGAAAAAAGUUUCAGAGCAGUGAGAAUGAGAUAAUUAGCAGUGCAGUUCUCAGAGAUACUUUCCCCACCUUUUAAUGAUGAUAAAUUAUGCUCCAUUCCACACUUACAUUUUCGUAAAUGUGUGCGUGUGUGUGUGUGUGUG